CAAAACCAUCACUCUGAUGGUAAGCAACUACGUACUAUACUACUCUAGUACAGUAUAUAUGUUAACUUCCAUGAUACCCUUCAUCACAAUUCACAACAAUCUUCAAACCCAUAACCUUAAAUCAAUUUCGCUGCUAAAAUCACCAAAAACGAAAAAUCCUUUUUUUUUAAAAAAAAUUCUGAAAAAGAAUUCAGAAAUGGAGAGUAACAAUUCAGUUCCAGAGAGCUCACCGUGUGGGAUUGGAACACUGGGUCGGCACUUGGCUCGGCGGCUAGUAGAAAUCGGCGUGAAGGACGUGUUUUCAGUUCCCGGUGACUUCAACUUGACGUUGUUGGAUCAUCUCAUAGCCGAGCCGGAGCUGAAUUUGAUCGGCUGCUGUAACGAGCUUAAUGCUGGGUACGCUGCGGACGGGUACGCACGUGCGAAAGGGGUGGGAGCGUGUGUGGUGACGUUCACUGUAGGGGGAUUGAGUGUGCUUAAUGCUAUUGCUGGGGCCUACAGUGAGAAUUUGCCUCUCAUUUGUAUUGUUGGUGGGCCUAAUUCCAAUGAUUAUGGGACCAACAGGAUUUUGCAUCAUAGUAUUGGAGUGCCAGAUUUUAGUCAGGAACUUAGAUGUUUUCAAACUGUUACUUGCACUCAGGCAGCGGUGAAUAACUUGGAUGAUGCACAUGAAUUGAUUGAUACUGCAAUUUCAACUGCUUUGAAGGAGAGCAAGCCAGCUUACAUUAGCAUAAGCUGCAAUUUGCCUGGAGUUCCUCACCCUACCUUUGCUAGAGAACCUGUUCCAUUAUUUCUUGCUCCAAAGGCCAGCAAUCAACUCGGGUUAGAAGCAGCAGCUGAGUUCUUGAACAAGUCUGUAAAACCAGUUAUUGUCGGAGGUCAAAAAGUAAGAGUGGCAAAGGCACAACAGGCAUUUGUGGAACUUGCUAAUGCCUGUGGCUAUCCAAUAGCAGUAAUGCCAUCUGGCAAAGGACUGGUGCCAGAGCACCACCCUAAUUUCAUUGGUACUUACUGGGGAGCAGUGAGCUCUAGUUUCUGUGGGGAGAUUGUUGAAUCUGCGGAUGCUUAUGUCUUUGUUGGCCCCAUCUUCAAUGACUACAGCUCUGUUGGAUACUCGUUGCUGAUUAAAAAGGAGAAGUUGAUCGUUGUUGAACCUAAUCGUGUGACAAUUGGAAAUGGCCCCUCCUUCGGUUGGGUUUUCAUGACUGAUUUCUCAAGUGCAUUGGCGAAAAAGCUUAAGAAGAAUAGCACGGCUUUGGAGAAUCAUCAUCGAAUUUAUGUCCCUCCAGGUGUUGCCUUAAAACGCGAGAAGGAUGAACCUCUUCGAGUCAAUAUACUAUUCAAGCACAUUCAGGAAAUGUUGAGUGGCAACACUGCAGUGAUUGCGGAGACAGGGGACUCAUGGUUCAAUUGUCAGAAGUUACAUCUUCCUGAAAAAUGCGGGUUUGAAUUCCAGAUGCAGUAUGGAUCCAUUGGAUGGUCAGUAGGUGCCACUCUCGGUUAUGCUCAGGCUGCUAAGGACAAACGUAUCAUUGCCUGCAUUGGUGAUGGAAGCUUCCAGGUUACUGCUCAAGAUAUAUCAACAAUGAUAAGAUGUGCACAAAAGAGCAUUAUAUUUCUCAUCAACAACGGCGGUUAUACCAUUGAAGUAGAGAUUCAUGAUGGCCCAUAUAACGUGAUCAAGAAUUGGGACUAGACUGGUCUUGUGAAUGCUAUCCACAAUGGUGAAGGCAAAUGUUGGACUGCAAAGGUAAAGACGGAAGAGGACCUGACCGAGGCAAUAGCAACAGCAGCAAGCACACAUAAGGAUUCCUUGUGUUUCAUAGAAGUCUUUGUGCACAAGGAUGAUACCAGCAAAGAGCUUCUGGAAUGGGGAUCACGUGUUUCUGCAGCUAAUUGCCGUCCUCCUAAUCCUCAGUAGCAAGUUAUCGCUGUCCCCAAAAUAAUAUACCAGAUGAAGAACAUGGAUUUCGGUGAGCAGCUGCCCCAGGAAAAGGCUGAAGAGUUUGAAUGUUUUUCCCCAGAUAGUUAUGUCCUGCUUUUGUAUUCUAACCCAGAAUUGUCAUCGUCCAUUAAAUGUGCCACAAAUGUCGUAUCCUGUUUGUACAAAAUAAGAAAAACCAUCUUCUGUAACUUGUCAACGCUAUGAAAUUUCUAGGAUCUGCCCUUAUAUAAUCAUAAUCUUAUCUUGA